CUCAACUCUCAUCGAUCGGACUUCGGUGUCUCCGCAAUCAUGGCGGCUGGACUCAAGACUAUCAUCGCGCUUUCAUUUGUUCUUGCCAUUGGCUUCCUUCUCGUUAUCCUCUCUUCCGCACUAUGGCAUAAGUACUGGCCGUUGCUGGUCGUCGGCAUCUACGUCGUUGCGCCCCUCCCCAACUGGAUUUGCCAACGAUGCGCAAAUCCCGACGACUUCAUGGACAGUUCGAGCAACUCUGCAAUGGAUUUUGGACGCUUCAUGACUGGAUUCUUGGUUCUGACUGGCAUUGCGCUUCCCAUUGUCCUCGCCCACAGCGGUGCGAUCGAGAUCCCCGCAAUGAUCAUGUCAAUUUUCGGAGGUCUCUUGAUUUACGGAACCAUUAUUAGCUUCUCGAUGUUCUUCCAGGAACAAGAAGAGUUCUGA